AUGUCGCUGCUGGCGUCGCUCUUCGGAGCCGGGAAGAGCGGCUCCGCGCCGCCCGGUCCGGUGUCUUCCGUGGCACGGAGCGAUGGGAGCAAGCGCUCGGGCGGGAGCGCCGCGGUGAACGCCGUGGACCUCGGGGAGAUGCGCGCCAAGGCGGCGACGGACAAGCUUCGCGUGGUGAACGAGGCGAUUGCCGAGCACGACACGUACCUGGCCACGUUGGCGAUAUACGAGCGGCUCAUCACGGUGUAUCGCGCCAAGAAGGCGGGGUUGGAGGCGCUCGCGGCGGCGCGAGGGGCGAUGAGGGACGCCGUCGACGCGGUCACCACCCCUCGCGCGGGGAUUACCGAGACGAAUGGCGCCAACGAGGAAAAAGGCACUGGCACCAGGUACGAGGUGAGCCCCGAGGAGUUACUCGAGCAGCUCGGUCCGGAGCCGAAACCUCCGGCGCAGCGGUCGCCGGUCAACGAACCGAGAAUCGCCGCGGACGGCACCGAGGGCCCGCCCAUCUUCCUCCUCGCGUGCGCCGCGCUGGAGGGUUCCGCGGAUGCCGCGCGGGUACUUCCCGAGCUGCUAAAGCGAGGCGCGGAUGCAAACGCGCGAGGCACGCGGCACGACCACGGCGCCGACGUGCCCGCGCUGUGUCUCGUGGUGGGGGCGAUGGAGGGCGUGGCGAAAAUCGUCGCCGCGUCGGAGGAGGCGGCGGAGGAGGACGUCGAUGGAGGAUGUCAACGGAGGACGUCAACGGACGCGGACGAUAUCGUCAACGAAAAGGCGGAUGAUGUCGACAAUGAGGCGGUUCCGCGUCCGACGCGAACGCGCCCAGCCUCCGCGGACGACCUCGCGGACUUUGCCACCGCCCUCCUCGCCGCGCCCAACUUGGACGUGGACGCGGUGGGGAGACUCGGGAGGGUGCACGAGAGCGCCAGGAACGGCCACCUCAACGCUCGGUACCGGGGACUCGUCCCGUACGGCGGAGCGGUCGGCUCGGAGGGAACCGCGCUCUUCCUGGCGACGUGCGCGGCGACGGCGAACGCGCUCGACGGGGAUUCGAGGGGCGCGGUCGCGGCGGUUCACGUCGCCGCGCGGCUCAUGGGUUCCGGCGCGGACGUCAACGCCAUCGGCGCUCGGCCCGGGUGGUGGGCGCGGUGCGGCCCCAGGCUCACGCCCGUCUCGAUGUGCCUAGCCGCGCUGGAACAGACGGCUUCGCUGACGGACCGAGCCGCGUACGUAUCCUCUCGCGUGGCCAUCGCGUCGCUGGCGUCCGCGCUGAUCCGCGGACACGGCUUCGAUCACGCCGUCGAGGCCACGUUCUCGCACAGGCCGGACGCGGAUGAGCUGAGAGUGCGCCGCGUCGCGCCCGGGGACGCGUCCACGAUACAUACGGGCACGACCAAAAACUUUGGAUCCACGUCAUCCAACGCCCCGCCCGUGUACGCCAGCGGACCCGCGCUGUGGCACGCGUGCUGCGCGGUGGUCGAGGGCGCCGGCGCGCCGGCGUUAUCCCUGGCGCGCGAGCUCCUCGAGAUGGGCGCGGACCCGAACUGCGUCGGGUCGCGGCCCGGGCACUGCGCCGCCGGCACGCCGGCGUUGGCGAUGUGCGUAGCCGCGCUGGAAGGGCGCGCGGCGGAGGACGGGAAGAAGGCGUGGUGGCCGUCGACGGACGGCGUGGCGGGAUCCAGGGUUCCGUCGACGCUGUCGGUGCGAGCGUCCGUGUCGGAUGGGGCGACGACGGAUGGUGGGUCGGCGCCGUCGACGUCUUCCUCUCGGCGGGACGCCUCCGGAGGCGGGAAGAAGCUCCACCCGGUGGACGGCGAAGAGACUUCCGAGACGGACGCCGAGGCGGAGCCCCGAGAGGAGAUCUCGUGGAUGGCGAGGAUGAUUCAGUCCGCGGCCGACACCGCGGCGGAGAUUGGCGAGGAUUUCGCCUCGCUUCAGAAGAACAUAGCGGACGCGGCGGCGGAUGUCGUCAACGCCGCCGCCGCCGCCGUCGGCACCACGCUCGACUCGCACGACGACAGGGAGAGACGCGCCAGGACCGAUGCGCUAGAGCUCGUCAAGGCGCUCAUCGCGCGCGGCGCGGACGUCAACGCUCCGAUGGAGAUCCGAAGGCCCCACGCUGAAGAUCUCAUCACGCGGAACGCGUAUCCGUUGGGCUUAGCUCUCGGCGUGUACGCGGAGAAGCCGGAGAUCACCGAGGCGUUGGCGGCGGCGGUGAAACUUCUCGACUCCGGCGCGGAUGUGAACGCGGUCGGCGUGGCCAAUUACCCCGUCGUCGCGCCUCCGCUGCACGUUGCGUGCGUCGCGGUGCACAAAGAUCUGCCCUUGUCCGCGAUGCUGUUCGAUAGGAUCCUCGAAGCCGGCGCCGACCCGAGCGCUUGCGCGGUUUUUCCCGAGGGGAGCGAGUGCCCCCCGGUGGUCGAAUUGCUCCACGCGCUGCGCGAGGGUGAGCGCGAUCGCGUGCUCAUCGCGUCGAUGAUCGAACGUCUGAUCGACGCGGGCGCGGACGUGGUGCGUUCGCACCCGGAGGUGUACCUACCCGAGCCUCACCCCGCGUACGCGGCCAAGGAGAGGGACUUUGGCAUCGCAGGGGACGACAAACGACCGGUCACCGACCAGUCAUCGACAAACGAUCCCAUGGACACAAACGGAAGCGACGUGGAAGACGCCGAGUCCGCGCUGGGCAGAUCCGCGCGACGCCAGGCUGCGUCGUUCGUCGACGCACGCGGGUCGGGCGCUGGAUCGGUGAGCGGGUCGUCGGACUCGGAAGGUGACGUGUCGAUGGCGGACGCGUCCGACGCCGGUGAAAACGACGGUGAAAACGUCGGCGCGACCCGGCCCAAACACCGGACGAGGGUGGGCACCUGCGAGUACACACCGCUGUUCUGGGCGCUCGAGGCUGUGUACGGCGAGGGUCACGACGAGGCGAGGCAGUGCGUGGAGUGGAUCGUUGAGAGACGAGGGUGGGAGGUUGACGAGCAGCAGGGUCUGAACCACCAGUCCUGGGUGGAGGGUUCGCUGGUUGCGUGUGCGGUAGCCGCCGCCGUCGAAGCCGCGGCGCCCAUCGACGAGCUCUCCAUCCCACCGGCCCCGCCCGGCGCCGAUCCAAAGGGAGUCGACUCCGGGGGGUCCCAAGCGACGCGACCGGCGGGCGAUGGGACGUCGCCACCGCUGGCGUCGCUGCUGGAGGGAUGGACCGGUCACCGACCAGUCACCGACCAGUCACCGACUGACGCGGCUCGCGCCGCCGUCGGCUCGCCGUCGCCCGGUGCUCCGCUCGCCAAGAACGACCGAGCCGACGUGGACGAAGGGCCGGUGGAUAACGUGGAGAGGGCGUUCAGGGACCCGGCGUACCACCACCCGGCGAGUCUCAUCCACCACUUCCCCGACAUCGCCCACCACAACCUGCUGCUGGAGCGCACGCGCGAGGAGAUGCCGCAGACGAAACCAAUCCAAAAAAUCGUCAAACUCGGCGCGCUCGGUCGGUUCCGCGGGCGAACCAAGGGCAUACUCGGCGCGUCGCGUUUCGAUAAAGCCGCGCAAGGGCGGUUCGCGCCCGUGGAGAAGGCGCAGGCGCAGGCGAAGGCGGACGCGGUGUCGGAUCGUCCCGCCGAGAUCUCCGCGGAGGAGGCAAAGGCGGGGGCGGCGCCGAUCCCCGCCGCGACGACCGUUACGACCGUUACGACGCCGCCGACCGACGAUGCAGAGCCGCCCCGUGCGCUCACAGCGCGGGACGCCGCGCUUCACGCCGACAUCGACGCGAUGGGCGCGCCGUCCCAGGCUGGCGAUGACGCGGAGUCGCCGGAGCCCGACCUCGAACCGUCCGCGCCUAUUGAAUACGUUCCGUUCGACCCGGUCGCGCACAAGGCCAGGGCGGUGGCCAGGCGGUCCUCGCGGCUGUCCGCCUGCAUCAAGACGGCGAACAUCAUGGUGCGACACUGCAAGCGCGUGGACGCCGGCGCGGUCAACCCGCUGCUCGCGGAGCUGGGCGCCGGUGCGUUGACCCCGUUUGAGUUUACCCCGCUGUUCGCGGCGCUGCACGGAGCGGCGUGCGCUCGGGGCAGGGAACAGCUCAUCGUCGCCCUGCACUUCGCCACGACGCUGCUGGACGCCGGCGCGAGCGUCGUCGGGGAGGACAACUCCGGCAGGCACGCGCCGCUCGAGGGCGUCGGCGGCGCCAAAAACGCCGGCCGAAACCUCAAGGGCGAUUCCGCUGCGUCGUCGACGUCGGCGCUCCGGUCGUACCCGCUCAUGUGGGCCGCCGCCGCCGUGCUUCGAUCCGAUUACCCGUACCAGAAGGUGGACGACGCGUGCGCGCUGGUGAAGAGGCUGCUCGUCGCGGGCGCGGAUCCGUCGGAGGUGAACCUGCGCGUGUCCGUCCCCGGCGACGAGACCGAGUCCGGCCCUGGGGGGUUCAAGACGGGUAGGAAAGCGUCGAAAGAGGGACUCAUUCGCGGCGCGAGGGUGCUACACCUGUGGGACGAACGCGCGCUCCUCCUGGAGAUUCACUCCGCCGACGCGUGGCAGCGCGCGCUGACGCUGCGCAUGAAGCUCGCGGAGAUGCUCUCCCAGGCUGGCGCCCGUUCGGUGUUCCGUCCAAAAACGCGACCCGGGGACCUCGCGAAAACGGCGCUCGCCGCGGAGGCGAGGAACCGUCGAUUCGAUUCCCACGACGGGGACGCCCACCCGUGGACGAAGGACGAGGCGGACGCCGCCGCGCUGAUGGAGCGCGCGUCCGUCCCGACGCGGUACCACGGCUGGCGUCGCCCCGUCGACGACGACGAGGCUGGGCCGCGGGACGACCACCUCUUCAGCCGCGGCGAUCUCUUCCACGACCUCCGAGGUAGGCACACCGACGAGGUUCCCGGAUACGGAGCGCCGGCGAUCAUCCCCGGCGCGACCCGCAUCGUCGUGCUCAACGAGAAGGACGAGGGCAAGGCUGGCGUCGUCGAGACCAAGAAGGUGUCGAGGGAUGAGCUCGUGAACGAACGAGACGUGCCCACCAGCGUCUUGGUGUCCAGGAUGACGAUCGAGGCGGAUGCGAAAGUCGCGGCGGACAAAAUAUACGCGGCGGAGGGUCGAGACGCCGUGCGCGACCUCCUGGGCCGCGACAACGACUCGGACACGGACGACUCGGACACCGACGACGAAUACGACGACUAUCACCGCGCCAACGACGACAGGAACACGGCCAAGGCCAAGACCCGCGCGCAACUCGCGAGGGAGAAAUGGCGCCGCAGCAUGGACAAGGUGGCGCACGGCCGAACGAAGAGCGACCAGAUUGCGCUGCGACGGAUGCGGUCUUCAGACGCCUCGGAUAAGAAUCGGUCGAUGGGGGAGAUGGCGAGGAUGGCGCUCGAUGGUUUGCGGGAGGUUGUCGCGACGAACGUGACCUCGUUGAGGUUGGGAUCCGGCGCCGGCGGUGGAGACGAGGUGAAGUACUUCGACGACGAGGCCGAUUGGCUCGCGUCGUCGAGCGCGACGGGUAGAAGGCGGAGGCAGCCGACGGUGCGCAGGGAGUUGUACGGUCCUCACACCGAGCGUCUCUAG